GCCUCCGUCUGGUACCCGUUCUCUGCUGCCCGACUUCGGCUCCUCUGUUCCACUCGUUUACGAACGCAAGUUUUCUGAAAAUCUCAACUAUGAAAUACCUUCUUCUGGCUACCCUUGCAGUACUCCUGUUUGUACAGGCCAUGGCUGCAGUACCCUACCCACCACCCCUGGAUCGAAAUCUCUCAGAAGAUUAUAAUGACAACAAUCUGGAAAAUUUCCUUGGAAGAGCUGAUAAGAGAGCAUGCAUUCCCCGGGGCCGUGGCUGCGAUGGCAAACCCAAUGACUGUUGCGCCAACUCCUCUUGCCGCUGCAACCUGUGGGGCACCAACUGCCGGUGCGAGAGAGCAGGACUUUUCCAGCAGUGGGGCAAAUAAACCUCCUCCAGUAGAUGUUUGUAGACUCCCUUCAUUGUAUCUGUACAUAUAGAGAAUGUGUUUUUGCUUUUCUUCUUAAUCCCUACUCACUUGUCGACUGAGAGCACCCGACCGGUGCACAUCAUGUACUUCGCCAUCUCACCGAUCAGUCGACCUUAAUUGAGGAUUCUUUACAAUGUGUCAUUUUUGCAUACCUUCGGUGUAUUUCUGUUACAAUUAUGAAAAAAUUAUAUCCCCCUGUUAGUAUACGAAAGAUCUUCUCGAAGUGGCCUCAAACUGUUAAUCAAAAAAGUAUUGUGAAGUUAAGUUCGCAUAUUGUUGAUUGUUGGAUAUGGAAUGUAAGAUUUAUUUCUGGAAAGAAGUGCCUGGGUGGUUUGGCUGUCUCAGUUUGAUAGUAAAACCAAUCCCUUACUCACUUGAUCUUGACGAAAGUAUGGUAUUGUUUUCAAAUAUGGUUAUGUUGUAAGAGAUAUAUAAUUAAUAGUAUAAUUCCUAAAUUAUUUAGCUUGUAAUAUCUCUACCAGUCUUCUAUGUCAACAUUCUUUAUUUUUAUUACACAAGAAUUCAGGCACAAAAGGCAAAUUUUGGAUUCGGUAAAUGUCUUUUGAAAUUCUAUGCCUUUCUAACUGAAUGAGGACAACUGCUCAAGAUAAAAUAUUUCCUUUGCAAUAAAAUAUUUUCUAAUAAAAUUUUUUAACUUUAUAGCUAAAAAAAAUCAUGAUGUCCAUUUGUCAUAUUUCACAUUUCAGUGUGAUGAGCAAAUGGAUAUGGCACUCAGUAUGCAAAACUAUAUCUUUAGUCUUGAGCUAUUUCGUGAUUAACACAUAGUAAAUACUGAAGAUCAUGUUUUAUCGUAUGAUAUUUUGUCAAAAUAAGACAUAUAUAUACACUGUGUGAGUAAGUUUUCUAUGGGGUACAUAAUUCACAAAGUUACAGAAAAGACUUCAGAAAAUGAAUGCUUCUCAGCAUUCAUUUGUUUAGAAGAUGGUUCCUGAAGUCAAAAUGCAGAAAAUUUAACCUUGAAUACCAACUUUUGGAAGAUUUUCUAAUUUCAAGGUUUCCAUAGCAAUUAUACCGUAAUUGUUGUACAUUGUCUUUUAUUAAGAAUGUCAACUUUGAUUUUUAGGAAAAUAACCCAUUUUGAGGAGACAGUUGCAUAUUUUGCAUUCCAUUAAGAUCACUUAAUAGACCUAUUAAAAGGAAACAUUGCAUAAAGGGAAAUGAAGUUCAUAUCUAACUGGUAUAAUAUCUAUAGAUUUCGAGUAAAAUAGGCCUUCGUGUGUUUUCAGCAAUAUGAUAAAGAAGCAGCCUUUAACUUUAGAUUGAUUGUAAAAAUCUUAUGAAUGUUAAAAUCAAGAAAUGAAGGGGUCCCUUUAGUCUUUGCAUUUGUGUUCAGGUAGGUUUGUGUCUCCAAAAAAUGCCGAAUCCAAAAGUGUGCCAUUCAUCAUUUUCCUAAAACACUGAAAUGCACUUUUUGAUCAUGAAUGUUGUUGUUCUAUAGAGACCAAUCUAUCAACUGUUACACUCUUUCUGUCUUAGUCAUGUGCUGCUUCGAGACCUGUUCUGUUUCGUUUUUUGUGAAUAAAUUCAUUUGCAGUUCAUCAA